CUGCACUAUGGGACCCUCCUGGGCAGCAGAGCUUGUGCCCACAUGGCAGCAGCUGCCUGGGCCAGUGCCUUUCUCUAUUCCCUGCUGCACACAGCCAAUACAUUUUCCCUGCCCCUGUGCCAUGGCAAUGCCCUGGGCCAGUUCUUCUGUGAAAUCCCCCAGAUCCUCAAACUCUCCUGCUCACACUCCUACCUCAGGGAACUUGGGCUCAUUGCUGUUAGUGUCUGUUUAGCUUUUGGUUGUUUUGUGUUCAUUGUUUUCUCCUAUGUGCAGAUCUUCAGGGCUGUGCUGAGGAUCCCCUCUGAGCAGGGACGGCACAAAGCCUUUUCCACCUGUCUCCCUCACCUGGCUGUGGUGUCUCUGUUUAUCACCACUGGCACAUUUACCUACCUGAAGCCCCCCUCCAUCUCCUCCCCAUCCCUGGAUCUGGCCCUGUCAGUUCUGUACUCGGUGGUGCCUCCAUUCCUGAGCUAG